CCGAAGCAACAGCAGCAGAAGCAGAAGGGAAGCAGUCCGGCUGCCAGCGCUCCUCAGCGGGGGGUUAAGAGAGAAACUAGUUCGUCCAGGACUACCAAACACACCCCCUUACCCUCAUACAGUUGUAAACAAUUAGCAUUAUUAGCUAGUCUUGGCCUCUGUCGUCAGUAUUAGAGGUGAAUAGAUAAAAAGCGAGGAUGUUGGUCCCCGCGGGAAGAUAAUGAAGAAGCUGCGCGUGUUGUUGCUGUGCGCCGUUUUAGCUCUCCUGUGCUGGCACUCUGGUCAUCAUGUUUAUUGCUCAGAAGAGUUCGCCUCUGGCCCAGGACUCCCUGCACAGGAUGACAGCUGUUACACAGCGCAGGAACCAGGGGCUGACGACAAGGUUGAAGAGGAAAGGGCGACACACACUCAGUCAUUGUACGACGUGGGUCUGGAGACAGAGAGAGCUGCACUGAAGGAAACAUCAUUGCACACACAAGACGCCCUGCACGAAGAGAAGCACAAACAGACUGAGAAUUUGGAAGAAGUGUUUGAUGAGCCACAGAUUCAGCUUGAGUCUGCUCCCCCUGAGCUAGAACAACAACAACAACAACAACAACAACAGCAGGAGCAGCAGCAACCAGAACCCCAGAGCACCCAACAAUCAGACCAACAACAGUCGACUCAAGUACCAAUACUUACAGAGCCUCAAUCAGCACCGCCACUCUCCCAGCCCCAGCCAGAACCUGAAACUCCACAGGCCACUGCCACAGAGGACCAGGCUGCCCACGCCUCCGCUGCUCCAACCCCCCCACAGACUGUCCCGCACGGAGAAGACCCGUCUGCACCUCCUGCUGAACUCCAGAAGAGCCCAGAGUCAGCCUCACCUACCUCAGUCACCUCCUCCGAGAGCUCCUCCAGUGGACUAGACGUUCCGCGUCCUGAUGCCCCUGUAAAGAACUCUAGUGCCAGUCAGUGUGAGGUGGGCCCUGUGCCCCCCUUCAGCCAGUCCCUUGACACCAAGCUCACCAGUGUUGUGGAGGAACAUGCGGAGAAUCAAGCAGAGAACCAGUCUGACACAUUGGGAGAAGAGAGUACAGAGACCAGUGUUGACCCGACGGCCUCUCUGCUCCCGAGUGAGCUGGACCUCACAGAGCUGGGGCAGACAGCCAGCAUCCCUCCACCUACAAAAAGCCAGCAGGCGGUGGACCAUGAGGGAGCAGCAGACCCUCCUGUACCCAGUAAAGAGGACAUCCCCACUUUUGAUGAGUGGAAGAAGAAAGUGAUGGAAGUAGAGGAGAAGAAAAGUCAGUCUCUGCACACUUCAUCAAACGGCAGCCCUCAUCCAGUCAAAAAGGUCCAGAAGAAUUUCAAGAAUAACUACGCUUCUGUCGAAUGUGGGGCCAAAAUCCUCUCGGCCAACAAUGAGGCCAAGAGCACAUCUGCCAUCCUGAUGGAGAACAUGGAUCUGUAUAUGCUGAACCCCUGCAGUACCAAAAUCUGGUUUGUUAUUGAGCUCUGUGAGCCAAUCCAGGUGAAGCAGCUGGAUAUUGCAAACUUUGAGUUGUUCUCCUCUACACCCAAAGAUUUCCUUGUGUCUAUAAGUGACAGGUAUCCGACCAAUAAGUGGAUCAAGCUGGGCACCUUUCACGCCCGUGAUGAACGAACAGUACAGAGCUUUCCUCUGGACGAGCAACUUUAUGCCAAAUAUGUAAAGAUGUUCAUCAAAUACAUAAAGGUUGAGCUGCUCUCCCACUUUGGCUCUGAACACUUCUGUCCACUCAGCCUGAUCAGGGUGUUUGGCACCAGUAUGGUGGAGGAGUAUGAUGAGAUCGCUGACUCUCAGUACACAUCAGAGAGAGCCGAGUACCUGGAUGAAGACUAUGAUUACCCACCCGGCUACCUGCCAUCAGAGGACAAGACGUCGAAGAAUCUGCUGGGCUCUGCUACAAACGCCAUCCUGAACAUGGUAAACAACAUCGCAGCAAAUGUGCUAGGAGGGAAACCAGAACUAGAGGACGGAGCUGAAAUGGAAGGAAAUGUUUCCUCUGGGACAGAAAACGUCACCCAGACAUUAGCAGAAACCACACUCACUCCAGAACCUACUGAACAGCCCUCUACGCUGGAUGUCCUUGAGCUGGAUCCCACUCUAGUGAAGGAGGACUUAGAUGUUCCUGUUCCUGAGGCUCCUUCAGAACCUCCACCUGAGGAGAGCCGUAUCGUCAUCCUCAUCGAGGAGGAAGAAGAGGCCACCCAGCCAACGGUGACCCUGCUGGAGGAGGAGCAAGAGGAGGAGAAAAGUACAGAGGAGUUGUGGGAGCAGGAGAGCGCCACAUACUGCGGCCACCUCUCCACUUUGUCCUGUUUGGGCUCUUUGCACGAACACUUCUACGGCUACUGUUCAGCAGCAUUAGCACUAGAGCGCCAGCGUAGAGACCGGCGCCACAUGGCACAGCACACACACACUGACACAGACACUCAAACCACCCCUCAGCAGUCCCUCCCUGACACCACCCCAACCCAAGAGCCCCCUGUUCCCUCUGAGAAACUUCCAGAAACAGAGCAACCCUCUCAGGCACAAGCCGAGAGGAUUUCCCCUACUGAAACGGUGGCUUCUCUCCCUCAGUCCUCCAGUGAGGAAACUGCAGUCCCAGAGCAGGAACCCCCACCUGAGACAAUUCUUUUAGAGCCCAGUCGUACCUCCACCCUUCCCCCACACAGCUUCUCCCACACCCCCACCCAAAACAUCCCAGAGUCCCUGCCCACGGGAGAGCCAGUGGACCAGCAUCCGCAGUACCUGGUGGACAUCCCAGAAACCAGUACGCCUGUCAGCAGCACCAACAGCCUCCUCUCUCCCAGUGCUGCCUCCUCUCCGCUCUCCUCCACCACCACCACUGAACCCCACAGCCCAGAGACAGACCCUCCCAAACUGGAGCUCCCCAUCGCCACCAAAGAGCAGACGGUUCAGCCGUUGCCCACCCACACUCGCCCCGCUGAUAUCCCACCUCCUACUGAACUUCCGGUCCCGCUUCCAGAGGCCUCAGAUAUCGGCAGGACUGCAGGGGUUGAAGAUCCUCACCACAGUGCUGUGGCCACCCAACCAGAGCUUUCUGAAGCCCCUCUGUCUCAACAAGAGGAGACUGUUGACGACAUUCUGCUCCCACACCGCACCGCCGGAGAGUUUUACGCAGAGCAGCAACAUUCGGCGGAAAUGGGCCAAGGGAAUGGAAACGGGAAUCAGGUGCACGGAUCCAACCAGAAGGAAUCAGUGUUCAUGAGAUUGAAUAACAGGAUUAAAGCGCUAGAAAUGAACAUGUCCCUCAGCAGCAGAUACCUGGAGGAGCUCAGCCAGAGGUAUCGUAAACAGAUGGAGGAGAUGCAGCGGGCUUUCAACAAGACCAUCAUCAAACUGCAGAACACCUCCAGAAUCGCAGAAGAGCAGGACCAUAAACAGACCGAGUCUAUACAGAUGUUACAGAGCCAGCUGGAGAAUGCCACCAGGAUCCUGCUGAACCUGUCUGACACUGUUGCUCAGCUACAGCGAGAGGUGUCUGACAGUCAGAGUUACCUGGUGCUGUCUCUGAUCCUGUGUCUGAUGCUGGGUCUGCUGCUCUGUAUGCAGUGCUGCAGGAGCUUGCCCAGUCACAACACCAGCUCAAGCAUUCCCAUGAGCAACCACUACCCCAGCCCUAAGAGGUGUUUUUCCUCAUAUGAUGAUAUGAGUCUGAAACGGAGAGUUUCUUGUCCUCUCGUUCGUUCAAAGUCAUUUCAACUGCCCACGUCAGAGGUAGGUCCUGAUGACUUGUACAUUGUAGAACCUCUAAGGUUUUCUCCAGAGAAAAAGAAGAAACGCUGCAAGACAAAAGGAGUGGAGACGCUCCAGGCCUCCAUCCCCUCAGUGACGGGUGUUAAUGGUGAGCUCAGAUGCAACGGUGAAACAUCAUCAUCUUCUCUUCUAUUCCUGCCGUCAACGUGCAACGGCUACGCAUCCACCUGCUCAUCCAGGGACUGUGUGUCAGAGGGCAGCUCCGAGAGCUCUGCUUCAACACUGUCUGAGGAGUCCUUCAGCAGCGCCCCCUCCAUGAACGGACACGACCCCACCCUGUGCAACAGCGAGCCACCGCCGCCGCCGACCCUCUCUCCGGCCAAGAGCAAGAUAGAGAAGAGGUCUCUGAAACGCCGCAAGUCCAAGAACGCUGAGCAGCAGGAGGCCCGGCGCGUGGGGGAGAUCCUGUCACUUCCUGUGACCGUCAUGCCCACGCUGGAGGAGCUCAUGAAGGGAAAGGCGGAGCUGGGCGUGGCCACAUUCGGAAGGACAGCUGUAACGGGACGAGUUUGAGUUUUCACGCCACCUUUUUUUCUUUUUCUCAUUCCAACAUUGCGAAGUUUCAUUAUGAGCGCUGAUCCUGACGCCGUCUUCACUACAUCCUGGUUCUCUGAACUUUGGUUAUGUGCCUUUUUUUUUUUUUUCAUUCAGGAUCAUUUUCAUUAUUCCCUUUAAUUUUUUUUAUACUUCUGGGCAAGUUCUAACUGACAAACAUGAACAAGUAUUGACUUGGUUUGAUGUUGCAGAGGUGACCAGGAGUUUAGGCUGAUUUACAGGUGGCAGACUUACAACAUUCAGCGUGUUUCUUUACACUAACAUGACCCUCAGGUCUCCAGUUGCUCUUUCACAGUCUCUUUAAGGCUAACUCACUCUUUUUUCCCUUCCUGGUUGGAUAUGGUAUUCUUGUACAUGUGAGAGUUUGUGUGACAUCAUGCCAGUCGUUGUCUGUGGUUGGUUUGUGGGACCAGUGAUGUCACACAGCAAAGGGCUUCAAUCCAGUGAACAGAGCGGAAUGAAAAACAGAUCCAGUCCAUGUUAUUUCUGUCAUUUUGUCUUUUAGAGCCAAAUUAAGGUGUGUUUUUUUUUUUUUUUUUUUUUUUUUUCUUCUCUACCAUUCGAAUCACAAUCUAAUUUGACCAAUGAGUCCAGGCUGGGCCUGAACAUUCUCUCUCACACACACACACACCCACACACACUCAUAUAUCAACAUGUUCAUAUUGUGCAUCUCAAGCAUGUUUACAGCUCAUUUUCUUCAUUCUUCAGUGGAUCCUUGAUAAAAAAAGAAAAAUAAAAAAUAAAAGACAUUUUUACAUGCUUUAUAUAUAAACACACGGGGAGUUUGUAGGGGACAUUCUGUUAUUUUAGUGGUAAUUAUUUAUGUAUUUAUUUAUUUAAAUGUGAUCCGGGCUCUAUGAGAUCAAGGUCAUGUGAUAUAUGAGAUACAGUGCCCCCCCCCCCAUAUAAGAGAUUUAAUACAGAUACACACAAAUGGUACGGAACACAUCUUCCUGUUCUCUAAAGUUGAAUUCAAGAAAGCUGGAUUCUGCUUUUGACUUGUUAAACUUUAUUUUGCAUUCGUAUCAAUUGUUAUUGCUCAUAACGUGAUCAUAGAGAUGUUGUACAUCUGAUUGGCUCAGCUUCUGGCUGGGAUUUACUCUGGAUCUGUUCGGACUAACUUUGGGUAACUGGAUUCGAUGUAAAUCAUGAAAACGUCUGGUCUGUCCUGUCCGUCACGUUCAUGUGAAGUUUGUGUGUGUUUGUGUGUAUCCCGCAUCUUCUCUUCACACACUUCAUGUCCAUCUUAACACACUUUCUGUGUGUGUGUGUGUUCGCUUCUUUCUUAGUUGUUUUUAAUGCAUCCAAGAGACCAUUUGACAUCCCAGUGGAGUUUCUCUGUGUCAGAUCUGUGUGUUGUGUAAGACUGUAAGUGUUUUCUUUCACGCAGAUGAUCCCUUCAUUAACCUUUAAUCAGACUCUGGGGUUUAGAGAAUGUGAAUUCACAUCACGAUUUCAAUAAAAGGGAAAGAUUGGGAUUGGCGUGCGAUGGACCAUCUCUGUGAUUUCCAUGCUACAUGUUUCACUUUAAAAUGUUUCACUACCUUUCUCCUUUUUGAAUGGGAACUGAUAUAUGCUUGUGGAGUUUGUCGAUGUAUGUUGAUGAUUCUUUCCAGUACACCAGUGAGUAGAGACCGCUGAGUGUGUGUCUCCUGUGCACUUUGGAGAGCUCCACAUGCCUUUGUUUUCUACACCACACCUUGUACAAGUGCUUUUUGGCCCCAGGCGUUCCCUGGUACAGCGCCCUCUCGGGACGUAUGCCUGAUUUAUUUAAACGUCCGCUACGUGAAAUCUCAUCAUCUGUGAGGACGAACUGCACAGUAUUUGAUUAUAUUUUGUUUUUCCAAUUGUAACUACAGCAGUGUAGUGCCAUUAGAAACUGUGAAUUUAUAAAUAAAACACUUUGUUGUCUUUA